CUUAGAUUGGUCAUAUACCAGUUUAACUGUCACAGUUUUCCACAAGGAAUUCUCAGAAUUGUAGUCAGGUAAGAGAGCUGAGAGUUCUCUGCUAUGAAUUCUUAGCUCGCCUUUCAGAACUGCAUUUCCCAGGGUUCUCAGGGGAGGGGGAAUGACAUUAUGUAACUUAUAAGUUUGUAGUGCAGUUAUGCCGUAUGAUAGUAUAGAUGUUGAUCAUAUUUUCUGAAUUCUUUUUGGGAAGAGUUUCAAGGUAACAUGUCAUCAUGUUAUAGAAUAAGGCAUCAUCAGGCAACCCUCAUGCUUGUUGCUAUGCCUUGAUAUCAUAGUAACCAUGAUGUCAUAGUAUGGAAUAUAUAGGCAGCAUUUUUUUCAAAGAAAAUGUAGUUCUCCCCUUUUAAAAUCUCUGGUAUCUCGAUCCAUGGCAAAAGAGAGUUUAUAUCCACCAGAAUGGAGUUCCUUCAGACUCUCAUCUCCAAGGAGCCUAACAGCAGUCGAGCCAUUGAAAAGCUGCAGUCAGAACACACAAGCAGAAAACAGCACAUGAAAGAGCUAGAGGCAAGGCUAGAGCAAAUACAAGGUCAACUUCAAACCAAGUUAAAAGCUCUAGAUGCAAUUCAGGACAAAAAUGCUUCUCUGCUAGAAGAAAUCUCUACACUGAGAAACAGCUUUGGAUGUUUUAAUGGAAUUGAGGCUGCACAGUGUCAACUGCCCUCUGCUCCACCCCAGUUCCAGCAUACCUCAGAGAACAAAGCCAACAUCUCAGCCAAGCCUUCAGAGAAAGUCCUGUAUUCACGCUUUAUGCCAUCAACCUCAACAGUUAGCCUGUUACCGGGGAAAUCAUCGUCAAGAAUGGUCCGGUUCCCUGUAUGCUCCUCACUUCUGACACUAGAUAAAAAAAUUGCUCCCAGCAGCAGCAGCUUUUUGCUUCAAAAACAAUUCCCUCCUUGCUCCAGCAUUUCCAGCUUUGGGAACGAUGCACUUGGACAAGGUCAGGACUACAUCAAAUCUUUAUUUGCUGAUACCAAAAAGACUACCCUGGAACCAGGGGACAAAGCAGGGAAGAUGCACGUUCCACCAGAAUACUACAACUCUUCAGCAUCCAGUGCGGUUGGGAACCUUAAAAUUGUUGAAGUUCAUUCGCAUGGCUAUUAUGUGAAGAUACUGAACAGUUCUCCUAAUAAAGAAGAGGGCAUUGGAGAUUAUACACUCCAGCAGAACUUUGGCGGCCAUCCAAUAGCGAUCUUCAAAUUCCCCCCAAAGAUCAGAAUGAAGGCUAAUUCUUCAGUAACGGUCUGGGCUGCGGAUUCUAAAAGGCCUUCAAAACCUCCAACAGAUUAUCUCUGGAAGGACCUGGACAAGUUUAAAGCAGGCCCAGAAUGCACCACUAUCCUUUGCAAUCCUUCUGGGCAGGCUGUCGCUUGGUUUACCCCCAUCAAUUGGAACCAAAAGCAAACAAAGGAAGGAGAAGAGGGUGGCAGAAUCUGUAGAAAUUUAAUACAGCCUAUUAUUGGCAUGCGCCAGCAAAAAGACCGGUGGCAACCCAGGACGUUUGACAAGUGGCAGGGAAAUGUUGGUCAAAAUCUUACAGGGACAAAUGAACCAGAAUUUAUUCUACGGGAAGAAAAGAAGCCACCCAUCCUGUACCCUGUUCAAAGUUCCUGGUGCCAAAACCCAAGUUCUCCCACACAUCCCCAUUACACUGUGGGAAGAUACAUACUGGCGAGCAGUGAUGGGAGCCACUUGUCCCGCCAAAUGAGAACUCAGCUGGUAAAGCAUGAUCCAGAUACCGGCCUUCUCUGCCCAGGAAGCAGUUACAGCAUAAAGCCAGCAGGAGAUGGGAACAGGAAAAACAGAAUCAGACCAACUCGUUCAGCAGGACCUAAUUUAGGUGGAGUGAUUUAUAUAGGUUCAGCUGCACCCAUCGGCUCUGCUUUACAGAAGUAUUUUGCUCAUUCAUCUUGCAACUUCAGGCUCCUGGCCCAGACGCCUCUUACUCCCAUUAACUUCCUCUAGCAUCUCACAAAGGAUCAAUGAAUAGAACUGGGUUAUUUUCAAAAUACAGUGCAGCAAAAAUG